UUAUCUUCUCGAUGACUGAAAUAAAUAAAUGAUGGUGAAUGAAAUGGUGAUGCAAAUUUUGUAAAAUGUUCUAUUGUGAGAACGUACCAUAGUGUGUAUUAAUUUUUAAACAUACGGACGGAAUAAGAGUCUUAACGUUCCUGUGCUAUAUUGUCUUUCCCACUAAUUAUAAUAAAUUAUGAGGGGAUUGUGGUUAGUGCAAAUGUCUGUUCUUUUGUUUUGUUCUACAAUAGAAGGUUCUGACGAGCCAAAAAGUGAAAAAGAGGAGGUGGACUGUAGCACGCUAAGGUUGGGGCAGUAUAUUUGUCCAGACCCUGGUAUAAACCAGAUAGAUCCAGAUACGCAGCAAUAUAGAGGUUGUACGAAAGGAGAAGUCACACCAUCGGAAGGCGCAGCUUUAGUACAAUGUAUUGCUGCAGAUGGUAUUAUUUGUAAGGAAUCUAAAAGUUCUAUAUUCAAGAAGAAGUUGCCCUGUAAAUGGACUAAUGGGUACUCACUGGAGAUAGCACUUCUAUUAUCAGUAUUUCUGGGAAUGUUUGGUUUGGACCGUUUCUACUUGGGCUACCCUGGUAUAGGGCUGGCGAAGUUGUGCACUUUGGGAUUCAUGUUCCUGGGGCAACUUCUGGACAUUAUUCUCAUAGCUGCACAAGUAGUAACACCAUCAGAUGGUUCAGCAUAUGUCAUACCGUAUUAUGGAGCAGGAGUCACUGUGGUCAGAAGUGACAAUGAGACAUACCUGCUUCCUCAGGCGGACUGGCACAACAUCACCUGACAGUGGGGGAUAAUUACGUUCGAGGACGAUGAGGACUAUGAGUGGACAUAAAAGUAUCAAAAAUGAUAUACCACCAACAAACUAAUUGUGUUCAUAUGACUUUAGGUGUAUGUGUAAAAGUAUAAGGUAAGCUACAGAGGAACGAAAUUCAUGUAUCUUUAAAACCAAAACAGUAAUGGUUAAAUGGAAAACACACAUUCUUUUUAUUAUAUAAUUAUAGUCGGCUUCUGUGCAAGCAUUGACUUUAAAGCACUAAUAUUAAAUAAUUACCGAUGGGUUAUGUUAUGAUACAGGAUAAUUGCAGGCUAUAGCAUUGCCACCAUAGAUUUUGACAUAUGUAUAUGUGUGAUUCUUACCUGUGUUUGCUUUUGUAACUUAUGUGGUGUUUGACAAUCACUUCAGUUACCUUUCAAUCACCUUUAGCAUGAGUUGCAUGAGACAUGAGUAGUAAGUAAAGUAUAUAUUUCCAUGUAUGUAUAGUAGUGUUAUCAAUGAAAUGAAAUAAUCUUCCUAGUUAGGCCUUUUUGUUUUAAUGAAAGUUCCAAAGUUGUAUUGUAGUUAUGUAUUUAAAUUUUAUUAUAUUUGUUGUAUAUAGUUACAUAAUUAUGUAAAAAUAUGUAUGCAUAAUAUUUUGUAAAUAAUUGUUGAUAAAGUAAUUUAAUAAAUAUAUAAGUAUAUAAAUAAAUGAA